GUCAUCCCCAAAUACUGUGUCGGUAUAUAGUGCUGUGUCUGUGGGACCUGUUGCAAGAUGACAGAGAAGAAACCACAUGUUGCUGUUAUUGGUGGGGGUCUGGUUGGUGCACUGAAUGCCUGUUUUCUGGCCAAGAGGAACUAUAAGGUUGAUGUGUAUGAGAGGAGAGAUGAUAUCAGGAAAGCUGAACAUGUGAAGGGGCGGAGCAUAAACUUGGCUCUCUCUACACGUGGUCGAACGGCCUUACGAAUGGUAGGACUAGAAGAGGAUGUCUUAAAAAAUGGAAUUCCCAUGCAUGCUCGAAUGAUUCAUGGAGUUGAUGGAUCCAGGAGUCCGAUCCUUUAUGGUAAAGAGGACCAGUACAUCAUGUCAGUGGAUAGAAGGAGACUGAAUGAAGUGCUGCUAACAGCUGCUGAAGAAAAUCCCAAUGUAACCUGUCAUUUUGAACACAAACUUGUGAGAUGUGACUUCACAACUGGUGAAGUGGAAUUUAUAAACAAAGAAGGGAAAAAUGUUCAGAACAAGGUUGACUUAAUUGUGGGAAAUGAUGGAGCAUUUUCUGCUGUCCGUAAAGAAAUGAUGAAAGCCACACUAUUAGAUUUCCAACAAGAAUACAUUCCUCAUGGUUAUAUGGAAUUAACCAUCCCUCCCUCUCCUAAAGAUGAAUUUCAGAUGGAGGUUAACUACUUACACAUUUGGCCUCGAAAUGAGUACAUGAUGAUUGCUCUGCCAAAUCUGGAUAAGUCCUUUACCUGCACACUUUUUAUGCCAUUUGACAUAUUUGCCAGUAUUAAAACUGAGGACGAUCUCAUGAGGUUCUUCAGAGAUAAAUUUCCUGAUGCCAUUCCAUUGAUGGGAGAGGAGACUCUAAAACAGAUAUACAUGUCCAGUAAACCCUUACCUAUGGUUUCUAUAAAGUGUUCACCUUACCAUGUCAAAGAUAAGGGAGUGAUAAUGGGGGACGCAGCCCAUGCUAUGGUACCAUUUUAUGGACAAGGAAUGAAUGCUGGAUUUGAGGACUGUAUUGUGUUGGAUGAGAUGCUGGACAAAUACAAUGAUGACUUCUCCAAGGCCUUACCAGCGUACUCAGAGUUUAGGAAGGUGGAUGAUCAUGCUAUUUGUGAUCUGGCCAUGUACAACUAUGUUGAGAUGAGGAAGUCAGUCAACUCCAAAUUAUUCCUGAUGAGGAAGAAGUUAGAUAACUUGCUGUUUACUAUUUUCCCCAAGUCUUGGGUGCCUCUAUACACAAUGGUUGCCUUUACCAGAACAAGAUACCAUGAAUGUAUAGCAAAGAGGAAGCACCAGGAUGAGCUUUUGACCAGGGUUCUGUACUUUGGAGGAGUGUUCUUGCUCAGUGCUAUAGCAGUGUCAGCUGUACACAUCUUCAACCAGAAUGGUCUGUCAAUCCACAGCCUUAAGGACCGAUUCACACAACUAUGGGAGUCCUACUUUUAACUCAAGGACUACAGAAAAGUUGAACAAGAAACAAUAUAUCUCACACUGUUGUGAAUUUUUGAAGGAUCUGAUCAUGUAUUGUACAUGUAAAUACAUAUGCAUAAUUUAUGUUUAAAUGAUUAUAUUCUAUUCCCUGUUUAAAAACUACAAAAGGUUUUACAAUAACAAAUGAUUUGAACAAACAUGUAACAGAAAAUAUUUUUCCCAGACAUUUUAAAACAUUGCACUAAUUUACACUGUGCAAAAAAUGUAACUAACUAAACAAACUUUUUUUAUUUUUUAAAGAAUCUCUCAAGUUUUGAAUGUAUUUUUACCAGUAUACUGGUACAUUCUAUUAUAGCUGUCUGCUUACUUUGUAUAUGUGAUUCUUGAAUAAUAAAUUUUGCAUCUGGCCUUGUAA